UAUGUGGAGCAGAGGGCAAGAAACAAGGGAGAGGCACCCAGCAAGGUUGUGAGAGAGUAGCAGAGAUAGCAGUGAGAGUGGCAGAGCAUAAAAAGCAAAGGAGUGGCACAACAGCGGAAUUGAAGACACAAGAGUGGAGCACAUGGAGAGCACCAGGUGAACCUGGCGGGAGUAGCAGGGAAAGGAGAGAAUGUUGCCCCUCAUGGACUGGAUACUGGAAGACCUGGCCCUGGGGAAGGUUUCCUUCCGUAUAGUGGCUGUCUCUGGCCUGUUGCUUUUUCUGCUGGCUGCCCUCCUCCAUCUGCUUUUGAAGGGCUUUAUCUUCUGCUACCACUAUUACGUCACCUGCCAGAAACUGCGCUGCUUCCCAGAGCCCCCACGCAUCAACUGGUUCUUGGGGCACCUGGGUUUGGUUUAUCCUAAUGAGGAGGGCAUGGUGACAGUGGCCAAGUUGGUGGCCACAUUUUCCCCAGCCUUUCUGACGUGGAUGGGGCCCUUUUUGCCAAUCGUGAGCUUGGUCCAUCCUGACUAUAUCAAGCCAGUUGUGACUGCCCCAGCUGCUGUUGCUCCCAAGGACAAACUCCUUUAUGGUUUCCUGAAGCCCUGGCUUGGGGAUGGACUGCUGCUGAGUGGUGGGAAAAAGUGGGCACGGCAUCGGCGCAUGCUCACUCCUGCCUUUCAUUUUGAUAUCCUGAAGCCUUACAUGAAAAUCUUCAACCAGAGCACAGAUAUCAUGCAUGCCAAAUGGCGCAGGCUCACAGCCGCAGGCCCAACUUCUAUUGACAUGUUUGAGCAUAUCAGCCUCAUGACUCUGGACAGUUUACAAAAAUGUGUCUUCAGCUACAACAGCAACUGUCAGGAGAAACCGAGCAAUUACAUUGCAUCCAUCCUGCUGCUCAGUUCUCUUGUAACGCGGCGGCCACACAAACUGUACAACCAUAUUGACUGGAUCUAUUAUCUGACAGCAGAUGGCCGCCGCUUCCGCCACGCCUGUGAAGUUGUACACCGUUUCACUGCUGAUGUGAUCCAGAAGCGAAGAAUGGCCCUUAGAGAUUUGGGACAGGAUGCCUCGCUCAAACCCAAGCAGGACAAAACUAAGGAUUUCAUUGAUGUCCUGUUGAUGGCCAAGGAUGAAGAUGGGUGCCACUUGUCUGAUGAAGACAUCGCAGCUGAAGCUGAUACCUUCAUGUUUGAGGGCCAUGAUACUACAGCAAGUGGCUUGUCUUGGGUACUGUACAAUCUGGCCCAACACCCACACUACCAAGACCAGUGCCGGGAGGAAAUCCAGGAACUGUUGCGUGAUCGGGACAUAGAAGAAAUCGAAUGGGAUGACCUCUCCCAGAUGCCCUUCACCACCAUGUGCAUUAAGGAGAGCUUGCGCCUCCACCCCGCAGUCACAGUCAUUUCUCGAAGCUGCAAUGAGGAUGUGAAAAUGCCUAGUGGACAGGUUAUCCCCAAAGGAGUCAUUUGCCUCAUCAGUAUAUAUGGGACCCAUCACAAUCCUGCUGUGUGGCCGGAGCCCGAGGUUUAUAACCCACACCGCUUUGACCCAGCAACCUCAAAGCAACAGUCCCCCCUGGCCUUCGUCCCCUUCUCUGCAGGACCAAGGAACUGCAUUGGACAGAAUUUUGCCAUGGCGGAGCUGAAAGUGACCUUAGCUCUGACGUUGCUCCGGUUUGUGGUGCGUCUGGAUGAGAAAAGUCAGACUGUACGGCGCAAGCCAGAAUUAAUCCUGAGAGCUGAGAAUGGGCUGUGGCUUCAGGUGGAACCUCUGCCAGCCAAGCCUUGAACAGGAAGCCCUCGCUGUCUCCAACCACAAACUGGAAGUUUUAGUACUGGAUCUGCACAGAGGAUUUGUGGUGGUUGGGAGCUUUCUGCCUAAACUAAAGCAGCACACUGUUGUUUGUGCACCUCCAUCACUGUGCCUUCCUUACCAUUGCUCCUUAGCUUUGAUAUUAUGACGGAGAGAAAGAGACAUUCUAACAGUUAUGUCCUACUACAUUAAAGUCUUACAGGUUGCAACAGUGAAAA